AUGUCGUCUGAAUCGUCCCCGAGCGACGAAACCGAGCGGCCUCCUCCUACGACGCCGCGCAAACCUCGCAAUCGAAUAUCGCCCGAGACACCGCAAGCAAAGAUCAGAGGCAGCCCUGGAGAUGCGCCCUAUUCCGCUCCUGCCGCCGCCCAGGGAGGCAGGCGCAGCGACUCCAAGAAAAAUGAGCCCACUCUCUUGUCCGACUUCUUCAGCGGAAAACAGACCGCGGCUCGCGUUGCCGCAGCUCGAAAACGACGCCAGAGCAUCGAUGCCGUCAAGGCAGAGAUGCGUGCCAACAUGCGCCAAGAGAUGAGGCAGAAUUCAGUCCGCAAGCUGCAGCAGCCCGGCGGUGUCCGAGAACGGGUGCAGGUGUGGCAGCGCAGUCACGGCGAAACCAUGGCCACUUCCAACCCGAACUAUGCAGCCACGGAGCCCAGCGACGUAGCCUUUGACGGCGAGGAGAUCGAGAGUGUUACAGAAGAGGACCGUGUGCGAAUAAAGAUGCGGUUAAGGUCGAAUCCACCGGCGCCCAAAUUUGUGCCCAAUGCUCCAAAAACCGACGACAAUCCUGACUCUUCUGUCAGAGACGACGGCACAGAAGAUGAUACCAGAUCGCUCUCACCGCCUAAGAAGCGUGUAGUGAGCGACUCAAACUGGAUGCGUCGAAACGCUAAAAAGUCCCCCGCGCGAAAGGUGUCGCCGUCACCCCCCAAGGACUCCAAUCCGCAAAAUGCGAAAGCCUUUGUUUUGCACCCUACUCCCAACCCUCCCGUUUCCAGCAAGAUCAAAGCAUGGGCCGCCAAAAUCGAGGUACCAGACGAAUACGAAUCUGGCUCCCAGGUUGGCAGCGCGGCCAGCCGCUCGACAGCGCGCUUAAAACCCAAGUACAAGCAGUAUGGCGACGACGGAAUCCGCGUGACCGGUUCAAACGACUCUUCAGUGGUCCGAGACGAUGGCAUACGCGUCCGUCCCACUACUACUGGCUCCGACAUUUCUUUCCCUGGACAAACCUAUCGCCCUCCGGCAAGUCGGCGGAGCAAGAGCAUUGCAGGCUCAUCACGAUCUGCACUGAGCGCCGAGCCAAGUGAUGUUUCCUCACCGCCAUCAGAAGGUACCAAGAAACCUAUUCGUCGGCGCAGCAAAAGCAUGUCAGCCGACAAGAAUGAGAAUGCCAAUGAAACACCGAGCAAGACGAAAACGAGGCGAGAAGCUACCAAAAAGACAGCUGCCAGGUCACAUUUAUCUACAACAACGGCUGAAACGGACAUGACUUCACGCCUUGACGAUGAAGCCUCCAAUCUCAGCAGCUCGCUGCGACCCGAGUCUGAUCUUGACUCUAAACUUACUUCAAAGACCCUUGCUGAUAUUCCCGGUGACAUCCCAUUUGGUCACUCUGCCUUCAGUGAGCUGGAUCUCUCUGGCAGAUACCGCCCGAAAAAGCUCAAUGUUGACCGCAAGUCAAGCUUCAAGGGAGUCCCCAACGUCUUCAAGAAGGUUGUAGAGGAAGGGAAGAAGAUGAUGAAGGACAUGAAUGAGCCACCUCGCCCACAAGGUCCAAACAAGCCGCCGAGUAUUGAAAGGUGGCUCAACACAACGGUUGAUCCCUUCCUAGAAACCCCCAAGGAAGUACCGGCACCCACUAUCAAGAAGCAGCCUUCAACUGAAGAAUCUGUGGCCACCCAGAAAACUGACGAGUCGAAAACGUCCAUGUCUUCAAUAAAGAAAGAAGCUCCUGCCAAAUCAUCCACUACCCCUGGACCCAAGGACUUGGCUAGCCUUGUCGAAGCUUCCGGAAAGCAUAUUCGAGCCGAGAGUCUCCAAAGACGGCGAGCUCAGACCAUGGGUACACCAAGACGCCCCUCGCAGAAACACGUUGCCUCCGAACAAAUAUCAGACGCAUCUACAGCUAAUACAGAUGUAACGGCAGCAGAACUGUCGGAGGAAAAGAAGGUGCCCAAAGAGCAGGAAAAAGAGGCACACACAAAGGAAACCAGCCCAGCGGAGCUUAAGAGAACCCGGGCCAAACGCGCCACUUCAUCACCUCUCAAAAACAAGAAAGACUUCCUCGACAUGUUUAAGAAUGCUUUUUCGGGAGAAUCUGCAGCCUUUGCUGGGCCUGGAAAGGCAUAUAGGACCGAGGAGCCACAACGACAUGAACUGCACGACCAGGAUUACAGCGACGACUACACUGAAGGGUCGGCUUUGUCUAGCAGAUACACCGAGUCACAGCUUACAGAAUCUACUGCUAGUGGCCACCACGCCGACCCGCCCAAAAUGGCUGCACCUCGACACCCCCCUCCUACCAAUGGACAUCAUGAAUUGUCAACAAUCGUGUCUGAUGACGGGUCCAGUGCCGUAAGCUCAGCGCUCACUGGCUCUGAUGCUACAUCCCGAGCCACCCAGUCUACUGGGUCAGAGUCAACCAUCAUGUCCAAGUCCAGCCAGGCGUCUCUCAAGAAACAACAUGGCUUGGCCAAAAGACGAGUUACUAGCCAUUCCGAUCUAAUGUCGGUUCUGUCGCUUCCAGACCAAGCUUCUGUCCCCCAAGGCAUGAAGAAUCGAUCCCGACCCAGUCUCCGUCGAAAGCAGGGCGUCCCGGCUGGCUUCUCGGAAAGCGAACUCUUGCAGGAAUUCGAGGAUGACGAAAAUCUUUACAACCGGGAGCUUAAAACCUUGGUUGAUGGCGUCAUUCCUGUUCUUCUGAGCGACGUCGUGAACAACAACGACGCAACGACCCUCUUUUCUACCGGCGGCGGCAGCCAGGCCGAUGCAAUCUCCAAGGCUGUUGUUGGUAUGGGUGUUGCGCUCGAGAAGCUGAGGCAUGCUCAUAAAAAAGCGCCGGUUCAAGAUAUUCGUCGUCUGGCCCACUGGGCUCACGCGGUCGUGCCCAUGUACAACAGCUAUCUCGGUGCAUGGAGACUUGGCUUUCAAGAUUUGGUCGUGAAUCUUGCCCCAGCCGCCGGCCACCCCGAAGAUGAAGACUCAUUGCUGGAUGCGCUGCCAAGGAACGAACAUGGCGACAUCAUCAAUGAGAAUGGAGAAAGCGUAGCCGUCGGUUACCUGCUGAAACGGCCCUUGGUUCGCAUUAAACACAUGACAAAGCUCAUCAAGUGUAUCGAUAGCAUCGUUGGCAGCCAGGAUACAAACCAGCUCUUGCGCGAUUUUGAGAAUCUCCAGGAGAAAUCCCGACGUCGCCACCGUGAAGAGACGGCACGGAUCGAAGACGAAGAUGCUAUCAAUACCGAUGUCACAAAAUGCCGAGACAUCAGGACUCUGGGAGCCGUCACGCCUGCAGCCAUCAAUCCCAAUUUGCAGGUCAACGCCAAAGAUACAUUUGCCCUCUCUUUUACUCACUCCAAUGGGCAGCGCUUGGAGUGCCGGGUCGAGCUUGUCUAUCGUGAUAACCCACUUCAGCCGAACCAGCCGGGGGAUUUGCUCAUCCGCGAACCUGGAGAUGGCAAAGAAGGCCGAAAAUCAUACCUCCUGUUUCCUCCAAUUCAAAUGGCACUUUGCUCUGCCAGAACUGGUGAAGGGCACUUUGACAUGGUUAUUAUGCUCCGAGGUGCUUACAAAAAUCGCACGUGGCACGAGCUACUGUCAUUAACAGCAGAUGACGAGGAUCAAAUUCUUGACUGGCUCGACCUCCUUCCCUUGAACCCUAUUCCUCCACGAGAGCCAGAACCGAGUGUCGUCGGCGAUGAUGAGCCAGAUAACUCCCGCGACGUGCCUGUUGGCGUGGCUAGACCAGCUUCGUCACGCGGCCCCGGAGCUCCCAAAGCCGCUGCUCUUGCAGCGAGACCACAAUCGCCCCUUGUCAAGACAGCACAAGAGCCUCAAACACCAACAAAACACAAUAAUGGUGCUGGCUGUGACAGGGCCACGACUCUUCCACCGCCGGAAAGCCAACAUGACAAGACUCCAGCUCCGCCAACAUACAAUGUUAUGAACUGGGACGACGGCACCUACCAGGAAGAGGAAAACCUACUUCCCCAGCCUCUCAAGAUCAAGAAAACAUCGCCGCCAAGAGGUUCGCGACAAGACGGGGCUCCUCCACCCCCAGCCCACCGCACUCUGCCACCCACGCCAGAGGAGGAUCAGAAGGAUCCCAAUCUGCUUGCACCACCAGAGCCUAGUGAUCGGGUAAAGCGGCGCAAGUCGUCGCCGCUCAAACAUGAAUACUUACCCUCGGAUGCCUCUUCUGGCGGAUCGAGCAGUCCUAGCCCUGAGCACUCUGAUGAGGACUCUUCAGACGAUGACCUCGAUAGUAUGGAUAUACCAGAGACUGAGAUUGGCGUGAGCAUCGCCAAGGAGGCACAAAAGACUCCGCCUGCGCCACCAAACAUUGAGAGCAUACUAUCCCAGUCGGAUUGCAGUGUUACGCCAUCCAACUCGGCCUCGCAAGCCUGCGGAGUUUACCCGCCACGAAGCACUGCUGAACAGCAGGACAAUACUACCCGCUACAUGGCAUCCCUCUCAAGAUGGUCUGAUAAGGGGGCGUGGAAGGACCUUAGCCAGCACCCCUGUGCCAUUGUUGUCUCUGCUGGCCUGGUUGAGGCCUAUGCCUUCCGCACAGGUAACGGUCAGAGCAAGUCCACCAGAUUGGAUGAGCAGCCACUUAUUGCUCUUGAUCUUACGCCACUUGUGCUCAUCCGACAAAGCACGGCUUUGGAUUUGGAAAUCAGAUCAUCCGUCCAAAUGCACUCGCGUCUCUACGAGACGUACAAUGGUGGCAAUUUCCGCUUCCGAUGCCACAGCGCCCCCGAGUGCUUUGCGCUGUACAUGGCUGUCCACCAAGCGCGUCUCAGCAACCAAAAAUUCAUUCAAUUGGAGAAUGAGGCGCGCUUCCGAGGAUUUGGGGAGAAACAUGAAACCGAGGCAGAUGACCGAGCCGGACGACGUCGCAGCUGGUUUGGCCGUAAGAACAGCUACCGCAGCUCGCCGAGAGGCGCUCGCUCUCAAGACGGUGAGAGCGCAGCACAUUCAUCAACACCCUCGGCAACUAGCUUCCUCAAACGUCUCACCCAAUCUGGCAAUGCUGCCUUUAACCUCGAACAUUCUUCCAUCGACAGGCAGAGUCGCGGCGGCAGUGGCCAAAAUAGCCUUUAUACAUCUGGCUCAUCUUCAGCGAGUGGCGGCGCCUCACCCCGCUCACCAUCUGUCAGUACUGGAAACGCGACUGGACAGCGUGGCCCGAUGGAUGCUGAAAACAUUCGAGUACGACUGCACCUUCUCGUCACGUCUACGAAAUGGGAAGACUGCGGCAACUGCAUUCUCAAGAUUCGCAGACCACCCCCUGGUUGGCACCAAGCUCUCCUUGCCGACCACGGACUCGAAAAGCGCAUCACUGUCCAGAACCAGCCCAAGAAGGACGGCGAUGAGUCCAAGGUGCUGCUGGAUGCGGUUCUGGGAAGUGGAUGCUUCUCUGCAAUGGGCAGCCGCGGAAUCGUCUGUGGCAUCUGGGAAGAAGUCCAGGGGGCCGACGGCGUUGUGGGCAUGGUCCCUGCGAAGAACAACCCCGGUGGCAAGAUUAAAAAGUAUUGCUUCCAGCUCUCCACAGCUGCGGAAGCGAACUGGGUGUUGCGGAUGGUGCACCAAGAAGUCUUGCGCGCAUAA